AGUCCACUAGUCGCUACAGCGGCUGAUUAGCCGCGAUUUUUUCCAAUCCAAGUCAGUCUCAUCGAACGGCUCCAACGCAGAAGAACCAAGUAAAAACCAUAAGAACUUUUUCAAUGAAACCGAAUUCAAACGAAAUGAAUUUCUGCGAAGUGUCUUAUAUGUUUUUAUUAAUUGCCACCGCGAUAUGUAUGCAAACGGUUAGCAGCGCUUCGACGACAAAGGCGCUGUCAGCAAUGACUGCGAGUCAAAACGCCGAUACGGAUACAGAGAUAUUACGCAAAUGUUUACGUGAAGUGGGCAGCAAAGAUUUGGUCGGUGAGCUGCAAAAAGUUGCACGCUAUUCCAAGUGGACGAAAGAGGAGAUACCCUGCUUUACGCGGUGUCUUGCCGCUGAGAAGCGCUGGUUCGACGCUGAUGAAAGCAAGUGGAUUAAGCAGCAGAUCGCUGAAGAUUUGGGUGCAGAUAUGUACAACUAUUGUCGCUAUGAGUUGGAUCGAUUUAAUGAGGAUGGCUGCGAGUUUGCAUAUACGGGCUUUCGUUGCUUGAAACAGGCUGAACUGUACACUCUCGAAACCUACAGGAACAUACUGAGCUGUGCCAACGAGCUGAAUGUCACCAUGGAAGAGCUACAAAAGUAUGCCGCCUUCCCUUCCAAAGAAGUUGUGCCCUGCCUCUUUCAAUGUUUAGCUAAAAAGAUGAAUUUCUAUACCCACACCUACGAGUGGAACUUUGAAAAUUGGGUAAAAGCAUUUGGGCCAAUGCGACAAAAUCGCUUAGCCUCAGAUGUAUGCAAAGUGAGCGCUGAGCAAAUGCAAACACGCGACAAAUGUGAAUGGAUGUAUGAGGAGUAUAAUUGUUUGGAACGCUUGAACUAUAACACGGACGGUUCGUAUCCGUUAGAAACGACGACGUUGAGUGCUGUGAUUGCUAGCAAAACAGCAAGUGAAGCCAAAGAAUAAGAGAGCAAAGGGGAGAAGGUGGAAGAAGCAGACAAUGUUUCGUGGAAUAGUAGAUUAAGCUAAAUAUACACAUAACUAUACUCACACAAUAUUCAUUAUUAAAAACAAAAAACAAAAAAAAUGUAACUCCCUUGCAGUCAAACCAAGGCCCAUUAAACAGGUAGUGGAAGUAGGGUUGCAGUUUUGAUUUGUAUCUAAUAUAUUUAUUUGGUCUCUAAAUUGGAAAAUGUUAUUUAAGUCUCUCUAAACAGUCAAUAUUUGCUUAUUAAUUUUAGCAUUCUAGUGGUCAAAAGCAAAAAAAAAAUGCACUUCUCGUGUUGCUUUUAUUCUAUUGCUGCUACCUAUUCAAUGCGCCUUGAAUCAAACCCAUUUUAUUUAUUUUAUGUUACUGCUUUUUUUGGCUUUUAAUGAAAUACACAUCGCAGAUAUCUAAGAAAUUUUA